AUGUUACUACCGCUUCCCUGGCGUGUGUUCCGCCCCCCACCACCCCACCCCACCGGUUUUACUGUUCCUCAGGUAUCUCUCUGCCCUCCCAUCCUCCCCUUCGGCACAACCCGCAGUGGCGCACGCCAGUUACAUGCUGCGAUAACACGCCACAAUCCCGGCCUUGAUCCCUAUGACGCCAGCACACCAUACCUGUCCGAUUCCAACUGCCCCAGACCUCGCGACGAACCCACCAGCACCACCAUCAUGCGAACGGGUGACUGA